AUGUCAAGAAGAGGCUUACGAGAUGAAGAAAUCGAACGAUUAUUGUGUGAAAUUCCAUCAGACGAGGAUUCCACUGUUGACACCACAGAUGACGAAUCUGAUUAUGAAGCAAGCAUUGUUGCGGAGGCUAUUGUGUCGUCUGAAGGCGAAGUUUCAGAGAGCGAGGAAGAAAGUGAGUCCACUCCGCCAAAACGCGCUGCUGACACAGCGCCAACUUGGGGACAACAAUUCAAUGCUACCUCAGGAAUGCAGUUCGACAGUGAAUCAGGACCAAGUGCUUUUAUUAGGGACAUUGAUGAUCCAGAACCUAUCGAUAUAUUCGAAAAAAUAUUUCCAAAAGAGCUAGUUGAGCUAAUCGUUUUCCAAACAAAUUUAUAUGCGACGCAAUCUGGCAAGUCUUUCACUCCAACAACUGACAAUGAAAUACGAACUUUCCUGGGAAUCAACAUUUUGAUGGGUAUAAAGCGUAUGCCAGCAUACAGAGACUACUGGUCUAGUGCCCCAGAACUUCAUGAUCGUUAUAUUGCAUCUCUGAUGGCAGUAAAUCGGUUUGGAUGGUUACUGAGGAACAUUCAUCUGAAUGAUAACACAUUGCAUCCAGAAAAAGGACACCCAGGUUAUGACAAACUGUACAAGCUGCGACCAGUGAUCAAGAUACUAUCUGAAUCUUUUUCCAAGUGUUACCAACCCAGCAAACACCUAGCAAUUGAUGAGUCAAUGAUCAAAUUCAAAGGCCGCAACAGUAUGAAACAAUACAUGAGAGAUAAACCCAUAAAGCGUGGUUACAAAGUGUGGAUGCUGUGUGACAAGACCUCUUACAACUUGAAAUUUGAUAUUUACACCGGAAAAAGAGAGAGAGAGAGAGAGAACCCGGCAAACGCAGCCAGUCAAGCGGAAUCCGCGCCCGAGCUGCUGAGCUGUGGGGCUAGCGACGUCGCAUCUGGAGUUGGUGCAGAGCCGCGCCUGGAGUUGGAACAGACGUCGGCUUCUGCUGUCAGGAUGGUGGCUGCGGGGGCGGCGCGGGGGAGGCGAAGCGGGCGAACUCGAAACUCACAGCCUGCGCGCCAGUAA